AACAGAAGCCACACCUGAUGCUCCCUAUAUACCUGGCCAGAAAUAUUCAUGAAUUUUGUGAGCAGGAGCCACGUGAUCCUUCUCUUCUUUGGUCCAUUGAUCUUCUCUUCCCUGGACAAAUGAAGCUGUCCUUCUCAGGGUGGUGAAACAGAUGCCUCAAUGCCCAUAAGCAGGACCUGAGCUCAACAGGCGCAGGUCUCCCCAUCGUUGAGUCCCAUAAAGGGGCAUUCUGGUGCCUCACUGUUGCUCAUGGCUCUCUGCACCUCUGGAGAGAUACGAUGGAGGAUUUUUCUCACAGAAGGCCUCUUCUUCAGACUAUUGCUCUACGCUUCCCUGGAAACUUCAAGCCAUGCAGAGGGGAAUCCAACCCAUCAGCUGAAGGGGAUCCUGGGAGGAUCAGUCUUGUUUCCUGCCAAUGUAUCUCUAGGAAUAACAGUGGAGAAAAUGGAAUGGGACUUUCUACCCCAAAGGGGUGGCCUGGGCUUUUGGCUGGGGGAAUUCAGUCAUGGGAAACUGGAGCACCCAAGUCCCACUGACCGGUUUGGACAACGGCUAGACAUGGUGGACGAGACAACACUGAGGAUCAAAGACCUGGAGUUGGAUGACAGUGGGAUCUACAAUGCUCGCAUCUGGUUUACUAAAUCACAAUUUCAAGAGCAGAGUUUCAGCCUCACUGUUUAUGAGCUGGAACCACAAUUACUCCAUCAAGUGGUAUCCAGUACUCCAGAGGGAUGUUAUGUGACCCUGCAAUGCCAGACACCUGGAGGGGAAGAACUCAAGGUCUCCUGGGAAAGAGGGAAUCCCCCCAGGGCCUUAGAAAGCAGCCUGGAUGAGUUCCAGCUUUCUGAUGGUGGGAGGCAGCUCCAUAUCUUCUGGAAGACCAACCCUUUUGACUCCACAUUCACUUGUCUGGUCAGCAACCCUGUCAUUGAAAAGAGAGCCUCAUUUGAUUUGUUCCAUGUCUGCCCAAGUAUUGAAGGUGAACACAUUGGAACCCAGAAGAUCCUGAGUCUUAUUUCUGGUCUCUCUGCAGUUUUUUUGUUGGGAAUUGUGAUUCUGCUUGCAGUAUGCCAGUGGAGAAAAAUGCAUCAAGGAGAAAGUGUCAGUAGGCUUCCAGAGAAGGGGAAAAAUGUUAUUGCACACCAGAACUCAGAAGAGAGGCACUCACAACUUCCUGCUUUUCAGGGAAAGGGCUUGUGA